AGCCAGCCUCUUCGCUCGAGUUUUGCAGGCACUCCGCACCCACCUGAGACCGAUCAGACAAAGAACCACGAUCAAUUUCAGAGUUUGAAUAGUGGGUAUUGUUCACGUCGAAGCGGAGAUUCUCUACAAGGAUGGUUCAAUCAAUUGAAUACGUGUGUAUUCUUAUCACACUCGAUUGAUAGCCUUGGAGACAGUGUACCCUAAAUACUCAAGGCGAUGGUCGGAUGAGAUAGUGUUUAUAUAAGAGGAGGUAGUCGUCGCAAGGUGUUAGGCGUCAACUUCAUCUACUCUCUCUUUUUCCAAAAAUUCGAACCUAAACCUUUGGCUUGUGAUCAAUUGAACUAUGGGGAAGAAAUCUGCGGCUUUGCUCGUGAUGAGCGGUGCGUUGAUGGCCUGGUGGUACUGUAGGAAGUCUCCAACAGAACCUGUGGUCGUUCUGGACUACGGCUCCUUUCGAGGAAGGAGAUCGCAUCUGCACCAUGAAAUUGAACGAUUUUAUGGGAUUCCAUACGCUGAACCGCCAGUUGGGGAUCGACGAUUUACGAAUCCCAUUCCGCCUUUGCGAACUUAUUGGAAACAUGACGCCAGGAAGCAUGCACCGGUGUGUUCUCAACAGACCUUAGGGGGUGAUACAGAAUCGAUGUACAAAGACUGGUUCAAUAAUAUGAAUUUGAAUCCGAUGGAGUACUUCACGCCGUUCGGGUCUGGACAGGAAGACUGUUUGACAUUGGAUAUCGCUCGUCCAGCCGGCUUAAACAAAAGUUCGAAACUUCCGGUGAUGUACUUCAUAUAUCCUGGUGGGUUCAACUACGGUGCGAGCUGGCAGCUUACACCAGUCCCGAUGGUGAAGAAAAGUAUCGAGAUUGGUCUUCCAGUGAUCUGGGUCUCGGCAAACCAUCGGAUGAAUGCUUUUGGCUUUUUAGGUGGACGCGAAGUUGGUGAGGCUGGCGUCGGCAAUCUGGGACUGAAGGAUCAAAGAUUGACCUUGGAAUGGAUCCAAAAACAUAUAUCAAAGUUUGGAGGCGAUCCGAAAAAAGUUAUGGUCUACGGAGAAUCAUCUGGCGCGAUAUCCAUCUCGCAUCACCUCUUGGCGUUCAAUGGAAACCUCAAUGGCUUAUUCCGCGCUGCUAUCUGCCAAAGUGGCACAGCCUUACCAGCUGGCAAGCUCUCUGAAGGAGCAGGGCAGAAAGGAUUCGACUUUCUGGUCGAUAAAGUAGGCUGUAAAGACUCCAAGGAUAAACUGGAUUGUCUCCGCCAUGCGGAUCUGGAAAAAUUACAGGAUGCGAUCAAUGACCUUCCUGGAACCUUUUCCUUUGGGGCUUUCCCAUUAACCUUCGGCCCAUCUGUUGAUGGCGAAUUCGUCACGGAGUCCAUGCAGCAUGCCUUGGCCGCUGGUAGAUUCGCAAAAAUCCCGUUGAUUAGCACUACCAUGAAAGAUGAAGGGACAGUUCUUACAAUAUCAUCGAGUUCGAUUAAGACCCAAGACCAACUUCGACAGACUUUACAUCAAAAGGUUCCCAAGGCAAGCCCGGAGCAGAUCGAAAAGAUCUUACAACUUUGGCCCUCUGACCCAAAACUGGGAUCGCCUUUCGGCACAGGCGACAAAAAUGCGUUGACGCCUGUUUACAAGCAAUAUUCCGCAAUUCUGGGUGACUUUGCAUUCCAAGGCUUGAGGCGAUUGUUUCUUAGAACAACAGCUAAUGCAAUGCCCACUUGGAGUCUCUUGGACCGAGCAGAAGAGGAUCUUCCUAUAAUAGGUGCCUUCCAUGCAUCCGAUCUUCCAGCUGUCGUCGGUUUAAUUCCCGGGCAGCGGACUGACGAAUAUCAAGCACGCUGGAUUUCGUUUGCCCAUAAUCUUGACCCUAAUUACGAAGGAUUGCCGCGUUGGGAAAAGUACGACAAUGGACAGUCACUCGUCAUGACAAGAAACGGGUCAAUAGGCAUGGAGCCCGACAACUUUCGCGAGAAAGAGAUAGAUUAUUAUCUGCAAAACCUCCACGAGCUCACCUUUGAUUCGCCGUGAACUUGCCUUUUUUGUCAGAUGUUUUUAAGUUAUUUUAUAGAUUCUUGUUUGCUUGUCAAUUGUCAAUUCGUGCUGCGCUCUGCCCAACCUCGUUUCUCAUUCAGGUCUAGUCGUUGCAUGGUUGCAUCCGAAGCAUCUUUGUAGAUAUGAUUGCCAUUUGAAUGUUUUGCUUUCUUGUAUUUCAGCGUCAGGAAGUGUAC